AAUAAUAGCAAUGCUUUGGGCGCCAAGCACGCGCUCCUUCAGCAGCAGCAGCAGUCGUGCGACGCAGACGGGGACGACUCUGCAGCGGCUGCCGCAAUCCCUGGCACUGGCAGCGUGCAUUGCGCUGGUUGGCGCGGCGCUCGUCGUCCUGGUGCCCGCCGCCGCCGCCGCUGCCGCUGAUGUUGAUGCUCACGGCAAUGUUUAUAACAACAAGCACGAGUCGCUCCCCGACGCCAGCCACCACUUGGUCCAGGGCAACAUGUCCUCGCUCAUCGUCAAGAUCAAGUUCAUCCAGGCCUCGGUCGUCGACGCCAACAGCACGUCCUCGCUCCUGGUCGACGGCGCCGUCGCUGUCUCGGGCAUUGGUUUUGGCGAAUCGUCCGACUAUGUGGAAAUUUCAUCCGGUCAACACACAAUGGAGCUCAGUGCUGGUCCGUAUGUCGUCGUUGACUUUGAUCCGACCUUCACGUACGCAGUCAUUGAGGCGCAAGACACUCAGGGAAACAUUACCAUCCAAGUGGUUGCUCUCCCUGCCAUUCCAGACUCGUCGGUGCGCACGCUGGACACUGCGCUGGUGCGAGUCAUCAACACGGCCAUCUUCCCCGUCACGGUGACCUUGUCGUUCGUUUCGGAUAACUGCCACCGCUGCCUCGACCAAGUGAUUGCCAGCUUCAACCAAAGCGACGUUUCUAGCUUUAAUGCCGAUGCCAAGCAUGGCAUCACCUUCUCCGUGACCGACGCAGUUGGCCUUGAGCAAGUUGCUGGAGUGAGCUACAACUUUGGCGAUCGUGGUGUCUACACCAUGCUCAUCACGACAUCAUCGAUGCAAUCCAAGGAAACGAUCGUCUUCAUUUUCGAAGAUGUCGAGCCGUACAAUGUAGAUUUGCCUAUCGCCGCCAUGUUUGGCAUCCUGAUCGGAGCGUCCGUCAUUUACGUCGUCCUCAAGCAAACCAGCAUCUACUUGCAAAAGUCGCGUGCCCAGCGUGCCACCGACCGUCUGCAGAAGGGCCGCCUGAUCAACCAAGACUACACUGCAGGGUAUGGCAGCACGGCGUCCUCGAACGGGUACAUUGCCAUCCCGAACAGCGCCGCUGCCGAGAAUGGCGCUGACAGCAUUGCCUCGCCGUCGACGGUGGGCUCGCGCGUGAUUCAGUCGACCAUUUGCGCGUCGUGCGGCCGUGAGCUGCUCGAGGCAGAUCGAUUCUGCGGCCUCUGCGGCACGCGUCGCGACAAGGCCAGCGCUCCUCCUGCCGAAGAGCGCGUGCGUGUUCGUUCGCUGGACACCUUCCGCGGCAUUGCUCUCAGCAUCAUGUUGUUUGUCAACUAUGGCGGUGGCGGCUACUGGUUUUUCGACCACUCCACCUGGAAUGGCCUGACCGUCGCCGAUCUCGUCUUCCCCUGGUUUAUCUUUAUGAUGGGCGUCUCGAUGUCGCUGUCGUUUGAAAAGCUCCGUCGCCGUGGCGCCCCACGCGGUGCGCUGUUUCUCAAGGUCAUCCGUCGCUCGAUGACGCUGUUUGCGCUCGGCCUGUUCCUCGUCUGCCGCCAGAUCAUCUUUGCAACCUGGCGCAUGCCCGGUGUCCUGCAGCGCUUUGCCGUCUCGUACCUGUUUGUCGCUGCCAUCGUCAUGUUUGUUCCCAUCUUUGCCACGCUGCCCGGCCCGUUCCGUGACCUCACCUCACACUGGCUGCAAUGGGUUGUGAUUGGCAUUUUCAUCACCAUUCACACAUGCAUCACGUUCCUGUACGACGUCCCCGGGUGUGGUACCGGCUACAUUGGGCCUGGUGGCAUUGGCGAUUUCGGCCAGUACAUGAACUGCACGGGUGGCGCAGCCGGCUACAUUGACAGCCAAGUUUUCGGUCGCCACAUCUACCAGGCGCCCACAGCACAGGCGUACUAUCUGACUGGAGCAUACGAUCCCGAGGGCCUCCUUGGCUGCCUCACGUCCGUUGUCAUUACAUUCCUCGGCUACCAGGCUGGUCGCAUUCUCGUCACCUUCAGCACGCACUCGGCCCGCCUUCGUCGCUGGGCCGCAUGGGGCGUCGGGCUCGGCUUGCUCGGCCUCAUCCUCUGCAAGGGCACCCAAAACGACGGCUGGAUUCCGAUCAACAAGAAUCUGUGGUCGCUGUCCUUUGUUCUCAUCAUGGCCGGUCUUGGCUACCUCAUGCUGGCCAGCUGUUACAUUAUUGUUGAUGUUCGCAAGCUGUGGGAUGGCGCGCCGUUCAUUUAUCCCGGCAUGAACUCCAUCUUUGUGUACAUGGGCUCUGAGCUUUUCUUUUACUACUUCCCGUUCACCUAUGCGAACGAGGUCGAGAACACCCACGGAGCGCUGCUCUUCAUGCAUCUCACAGCCACUGCGCUGUGGAUUCUCAUUGCAUAUUUGAUGUAUCGCAAGAAGGUCUUCAUCUCGGUCUAGUGACUGGCGGUGUUUGCCUCCAUAUUAUCUUUUGUUUGUUUGUUGUUGUUGCUGCUGUUUGCUUGUUUGAUUUGAUUGCUUUUGUUCAGUUCAAUGAAAUGCGCGCAAGUGCUUUCUUCCUUGGAGCAUUGUGUUCGGUUC